AUGAAUGUAAUUUGGUUGGUGUUGAUCUUAUUGACUUCAUCUUGUGUCUCAGUGUUGCCAGACCCAAAUCCAAGUAAAAUCGACAGACCCAUUUUAAAGAUCAGUACAAGAACUCACGACAAGAUUAUCAUAAUCAAUAAUCUACAAGAGGUUGCCAAUAAUAUUUCUGUUGGAAUGACAAGUUAUGAAAAGUUUAACCGGUUAUCAUCUAAUGAAAUGAGAGAGUGUGUUGAAGGUUCGUGCAUCAAAUAUUACAUUCGAGAAACCAAGUGCACAGAUAGAACUUUUAUUGCUAGUGAAUGUCGAACUAAUCUUAAUUCACGAUUUCAAUCGAUCUUGCAACCAACGACGAAUAUCCACAAUUUGCUAUUGAGAGAUGAGGACUCUAUAGAUACCCAGUUAAAGACCAAUUUGAUGGACCAUUUCAGUUCUUUCCGUCAAUUCAAAGAGUUCAGGUUUAAUGAUUUUAACAAUAAUUUGAAUUACGACUUGCAAUGCCUUGUUGAUUAUCAACAGUUGAUGCAAGUUCAUUUUAAACAAACUGUAGUUGAGGUUAAUUUAGUGAGAAUAACUGAAGUAGCUGAAGCUUGUCAAUUCAAUAAAAUCAAUCCCAAUUUCUAUGGACUGUCGCUGGCAUUCACAACAACAUAUUUACCUGUAAACGGUACGUUCUAUUGCCAGAAGGGUAAGUCACAAACAUGUAACAGAACAAUUGCAGAAUCGAAGAAUUCAAGAUAUAAGUUGCCCGAUAUCUGCGGAUAA